UUAUCUGUCAAGAAGGGGCUGAUAUUUUAAGUGCCAGUUGUAUUAUUAAUGACGGCGACUUAUUUCCUUAUUUAAUGAUUAAAUUUAGUUUUGCAUAUUAGGUAGACUGUUUCAAUUAGUUAAAAAUGUCAGGGUUUGAUGAUAAUCCAUUCGGUGAACCUACUGUUGACAAUCCGUUUGCGGACCCAUCAGUGACCCAGGUAACAAAACAUGCCACUAAUGCUACCCAGGGAUUAGAAGACUACAAUCCCUUUGCAGACCAAGCACCUCAGAGAAAUGCAGCACCGGUGAGGGGCGCAGCUAACCCACCCUACCAACCCUCCUCACAGCCUGCUAUCAUGCAGCCCACACAGGAGGUGGCCCCGCCUGCGUAUGCCAAGACUGCGCAGCAGACACAGCCCCAGCAACUGUCGGCCGCUGAGUUCCAGGCUGAAUUAGACCGUCGGCAAGAAGAGCUAGAGAGAAAAGCUGCUGAGCUUGCGAGGAGAGAAGAAGAACUCAGGAAUGCCCCAUACAAUGUGAGGAGAAACAAUUGGCCCCCGCUACCAGAGAACAACUGUUGCGGUCUUCAACCUUGUUUCUAUCAAGACAUCAACGUCGAGAUUCCUGUUGAGUUUCAACCAAUCGUGCGCAACCUGUAUUACCUCUGGAUGUUCCACGCAGCACUGAUGGUGAUCAAUGUUAUCGGAGGUCUGCUCCUCAUCCUUCACAACGCAGACUUCAGCACCUUCGGUGUAGGAGUGAUAUACACUCUCAUCUUCACUCCCUUCUCCUUCAUCUGCUGGUACCGUCCUAUCUACAAAGCCUUCAGAAGUGACAGUUCCUUCAACUUUAUGGUGUUCUUCUUCAUAUUCUUCUUCCAGAUGGUCAUCACCAUCUUUCAAGCCCUGGGACUGCCGGGCGCCGGCACUUGUGGGCUCGCCACAGCUCUGAAGACCUUUGAUGGAACUCCCUCUGGCAUUGUGAUUGGGAUCUUCUUGCUUCUCGUCGCCGCUGGCUUCUGUUGUGCUGCCUUUAUUGAUUUCCUGCUCCUAGCCAAGGUACACCGUAUCUACCGCUCUACUGGAGCCAGUUUUGCCAAGGCACAGCAGGAGUUCACCUCGGAGAUCAUGCGUAACCAGCAUGUGCGUGACGCUGCUGGUAACAUAGUCAGUUCUGCUGUGCAAAGUCAGUUCAACCAACCGCGCCAGCCCUCCUCAAGAUACUAACUACCUCAGGAGAAGGAGUGAAAUGGUUCCAACCCAGCUAACUAGACCACUUUUGGUCUGAAUGCUUUCUCUAUAUGGUUGAUGUAAGUUAUGUAUAGACUGGCUAUAAAACAUUUUGAUUUGACAUCUGAUAAACUUGUCGAUUGUCGUAGGCUUUAUUUAAGUUUUGCCUUCUUAUUUCAAUUAUUUAUUAGUAUUAGUCAUAAAGUAAGUUAUUAAAGACAAGCCUGGUUUGCGUAUAGUAAAUUUAUUAUUAAUGAGUAACCCAAAGAUGAAGGAAAACUUUCAAGUUGAGACUUGUAGUAAGGCUAUAAUGUACUUACAUUGUGAUGAGUUAAAGGUGUUAAGUUAUGUGUAGUUUGUUUCAACCACCACAUUAUUUAUGUGGUUUGUUCGUUUGGAAACAUUGUCAAAAUGUUUAAAUAAAUGUGUUUUUCCAGUAGACUUAUUUCUUGCACCACACACUUGAAAGCAGGUUUAUAAGUGCAAUCGUCAAUAUCAACGUUAAGUCAUUAUGUCGCUUCUGUUCUAUUUUUCAUCUUCAAUACUGUGGCACAAAAUUUUAAAUAGGCUUACAAUUGUGGUAUCAAGAUUGUGCAAUAAUGUUUAUUUCUUGUUCAUCUGUAGGUUAUUAAUUGUGUCUGGAAACCAAUGUAACAAAAGUAUUUAGGUUUGAUACUGUAUUCUGUUUACUGUAUCACCAAGGCAAUGUUACACGGUUUUUGAAACUUCAAGUAAUUGAUCUCCAGAAUAUAUAGAAUACUUUAUGAAGUUUUAAAUAAUGAUAAUAAAGAUUAAUUUACUAUUCACAAUUUUAUGCGAUACAGGAUCUAUAUUUUCAUUGUUCCGGUAUUUAGAAAGAAUUGUGCCAUUCCACUAAACAAAUUAAUUCAUCUAUUGAUUAGAAGAGUCUAUCUUACGACUAUAACAUAUGUCUUGUACAAAGCUAACAAUCAUAAUUGAUAACAGAUAAAUGUACCAUGUAUAAUUGUGUAUCGAAAAAUGUCUAGUUAUAUGAAUGUACGCAUUGUUAUAUUUUAUUAAUAUAUGAAAGCUUGACACGUGUAUAUAAUGUUACAAUAUCAAUCUAUAAUCACUUUUAGUAUUUUAUUAGUUUGCUUUUUGUAUAUUACAUUUUCACUUUACCCCGUUAUUUGUUAGGAUUAUGACUGUCUGUUCCCCUAGUAUGCUUUUCACAAAGUAAUUUGUUGUCACCUAACAUUAUGUUUUUUAUUAUAAAAUAUAUUAAUAAAAGUGGG